AUGCGGAGACUGAGACGCUGCAGAGACUCCAGCGCUGAGAUGCUGUUCGUGGUAUUUCCUGUUCUGAUGGCGGCGGCGGCGGCGGCGGCGGCGUGCGGAAAGUCGGAGUGUGACUUCCCGCCUGCUCCACUGUAUUAUGGAAUUUUGGGAAAACCGGUCUUCCUGCACAUCCCGAUUCCCUCAAACACACACCGCUUCUGUCUGAAAAAGGACAAUAAUGUUAUACUACAAGGUAGAAGAGAAGAUCGUUCACUCUGUAACGUUCAUCAAAAUGGCGUCGAGUUGUUCAGCAGUGGAUCAGUGAAGAUCAGCCGCUGUGUGAAAAGCCACUCGGGAGAAUAUCACUGGGAAACGUUCGACUCUGACGGAAGAGUGCAGUGUGACGUCACCUUCACGCUCCACGUUCACCAUCACUCUCUCUGUCAGCCAUCUGCUGAACCUCCACCUUCUUCCAACGACGCGAAUAAAACCAGCGAGUCGUUAUUAACGCAGGACUCUUCCUCCACAAACACAACAGUGAGAGAGCAGAUCUGUGUGAACAGUAAAGUUUUCCUGUUGCUGUGUGGCGUGAUGGCGGUGUUUCUCACACUCAUCACUGCACUGUGCUGCCUCGCCGUGAUGCUGAAGAGGACAUCGUCACCUGCGUGUGACACUUCACCUGACUUCGUUCCCAGCGUCGAUGUCUUAUACGCAGAGGUGGACGUGAGCAGGAAAGGAAAGAGAAACGGGAAAGAAGGUGAAACUGUGGACAGUGACACAGCCAUUUACUCCGAGGUGGCACAGGAAAUGAAACAAGAGACAGGAAAUCAAACGUUCACCACAUACGGACUGAAUUAAAUGAGCAGUCCGAUUCAGCUCAGGGAUGCUUCUGACCUGUCUGUGUUGCUAAGCAGUACCCAAAGGGGUGCCAAAACUUUUUAACAUGCUUUAUAUUUACUCAUUUUUGCAUUUUUCAAUCUGAUAAAUACAUUCAGCAAAUAAAUAAUAAUACAUGAGCAGAAAUACAUCAAAAGUGAUGCGUGAGUUCCCUUCUGUGGGUGUCAAAGGGUGCCAAAACUUUUACACACAACACUGUAUAAUAUUUACCUGCUCCAGUCUUCUUUACCUGCUGAAUAAUUAAUAAUCAGCUCCAUCUGCACACCUGGAACUGUACCUGUACCUGUACCUGUACCUGUACCUGUAACCCUGACUCUGCAGCUCCACCAGCAGGAGGCGACACUGCGCUGUUUCUAACAGACACUCACUUCAGAUACACAACUACACUGUGACUCUCACAGGGUUCAA